UUGCACGCGACUUGUGAAUGAUUCCACCAAUGCCCCGGGGAUGACGUUCAAUACGCCUUGCGGCCAGCAGGUGCGACGCCGCAUCCGGUGGAGACGUGCUUUGUGUCUCCUCGUCGCUCCGCAAACCCCCUGCGCCACUUUCUUGCAUCACGACGCAGAGUCGGAGUGUUACGUAACGCGUGAUGCGGCACGACCUCGGCACUAGACCGCCUGGCUGCAGGGUGGAGGGACUGUGCGGUCCUUCUGGUGGCCUUUGACAGACUUGGACAUGGACUAUGAGAGGCCAAACGUUGAAACCAUCAAGUGCGUGGUGGUGGGAGACAACGCCGUUGGGAAGACACGCCUCAUCUGCGCCAGGGCCUGCAACGCCACGCUCACACAGUACCAGCUGCUGGCCACACACGUGCCCACGGUCUGGGCCAUAGACCAGUACAGAGUCUGUCAGGAGGUUUUGGAACGCUCCAGAGACGUGGUGGACGAUGUCAGUGUGUCCCUUCGUCUCUGGGACACCUUUGGAGACCACCACAAGGACAGACGUUUUGCAUACGGCAGGUCUGACGUGGUGGUGUUGUGCUUCUCCAUUGCCAACCCCAACUCUCUGUACCACGUGAAGACCAUGUGGUACCCUGAGAUCAAACACUUCUGCCCCCGGGCGCCUGUCAUCCUGGUGGGAUGUCAGCUGGACCUACGCUACGCUGACCUGGAGGCAGUGAACAGGGCGCGCAGGCCGCUCGCUCGGCCCAUUAAGUCCAACGAGAUCCUUCCCCCGGAGCGAGGACGGGAGGUGGCCAAAGAGUUGGGAGUGCCGUAUUAUGAAACCAGUGUUGUCGCUCAGUUUGGAGUCAAGGACGUCUUUGACAACGCCAUCCGAGCUGCGCUCAUCUCGCGCCGCCACCUGCAGUUUUGGAAAUCUCACCUGAGAAAUGUGCAGAGGCCUCUUCUUCAGGCCCCCUUUCUUCCGCCAAAACCCCCGCCGCCCAUAAUCACUGUGCCGCCUCCCCCGACCACCACCGAGGAGCAUCCGGCCGGUCUUCUGGAGGACCCCCACUGUGCCGAUGUCAUUCUGGUGCUACAGGAACGGCAGAAGAUAUUUGCGCACAAAAUCUACUUAUCCACGUCCUCCUCCAAGUUCUACGACCUCUUCAUCAUGGACACACAAAACGAGGAGACGGAGAGACCUUCUCGCGGUCCUCUCUCGGGCCGAGAGCUGCUGAUGCGCGCCGCCAGCUUCGACGUGUGCGAGAGCAGCGACGAAGGGGACCGGGCCAACCUGAGGGCCUGCACCAGUGACGGCACCCUGAAAGACUCGCAGGGCGGACGGCGGGGACGCCUGCUGUCCUCCUGGAGUCGGGCGUUUGUCAGCAUCCAGGAGGAGCUGGUGGACGACCCCAUAACGUACAGUCCCAGGCCCAUGACCGUGGUGCACAUGGACCAGUCCAUGCAGCUGGGACCUUUCCGAGCGGUGCUGCGCUACCUGUACACGGGCCAGCUGGACGAGAAUGAGAAGGAGCUCAUGCACAUCGCACACAUCGCAGAGCUGCUGGAGGUGUUCGACCUGCGCAUGAUGGUGGCCAACAUCCUCAACAACGAAGCCUUCAUGAACCAAGAAAUCACCAAAGCCUUCCACGUGCGCCGCACCAACCGAGUCAAGGAGUGCUUGGCCAAAGGAACCUUUUCUGAUGUGGUCUUCAAGUUAGACGAUGGAACCAUCAUGGCCCACAAGCCUCUGCUCAUCUCCAGCUGUGACUGGAUGGCGGCCAUGUUUGGCGGACCCUUUGUGGAGAGUUGCACCAAAGAGGUGCUGUUCCCUAACACCACCCGCAGCUGUAUGAGGGCGGUGCUGGAGUAUCUCUACACAGGGCGCUUCUGUUCUCGCUCAGACCUGGAUGCUAUGGAGCUUAUAGUUCUUGCCAACCGUCUGUGCCUGCCCCACUUGGUUGCACUGACAGAGCUCUACACAGUGACGGUACUCACAGAGGCAGCCAUGAUGGGGGCUGACAUCGACGGGGAUGUUCUGGUCUAUCUGGACAUGGCCCAGUUCCACGGGGCCCAGCAGCUCACUGGCUGGUGCCUUCACCACAUCUGCACCAACUACAACAGUGUUUGCCGCAAGUUCCCCAGAGACAUGAAGGCCAAGUCAGCAGAGAACCAGGACUACUUUGAGAAACACCGCUGGCCACCAGUGUGGUACCUGAAGGAGGACGACCACUACAAAAGAGCACGGAAAGAGCGUGACAAGGAGGACUAUUUGUACCAGAGGCGCCAGUGUAAACGCAAGUGGCUCUUCUGGAACCUUCCCUCAUCCCCCAACUCUAACUCCUCUUCUUCCGGCUCGUCUGCUGUCAUCUGAGCAAAGUCUGCGAUGGAGCGUCGUGAGUAUGUGGAUGUGAGGAUGUACCGUCCAAACAUGGCAGACUAAUGGCACCAUGGAACACUUCCUGUUCAUGGUGGUUAUUCCACCACCUUAGGACUAUACACAUGUGUGUGUG